UUCCCUCUAUUUCCGAGUCCUUUUAUUUUUGACUAUAUAAAGCAAAUACCAAAUUCGUUUGUAUUCUCAAUCAACAAUACACACCAGGCAAAUUCCUCUUCUGUCUCUGUUUUUAAAAGAAGACAAAAAGCAGAAGGCAAGAAAAAAACAUCUUUUUGAGUAAUGUUUUGAAGGUUUGUCAUAAUCUCUGAACUAAUUUCUUGUUACCCCUUUUCUGUUUUUUUUUAUUAAAAUAAAAUUAUUAAUGGAUUAUAUAACUCUGGUUUUGCACCGAAGGGUGUGACGUAGUGAUUAAUGAAGUGGUUAAGGUCUUAGGUUUGUAAUUUCUUUUCAUCUGUCCUAGAUUUGGUGGACAGAGUUAUUUGGUAAUUGUUGUUGGUGGGACGUGAAAUGUAUGCCGUGGAAUUAGUUGAGGUGUGUAGGAAAAUUGGUCUUACUGAAAAGUGUUUGAUUUUCUAUGGAUCUUUGGUUUGUUUAAUGUUUGAUUUGAGUUUCUAGUGUUGUUAGUCUAGUAGUUCUUGUAAAGUUAUUGCAUUUUUGAAUAUGGAGUCUACAUUUCUGUUUUUUUUUCCUUCUAAGUUCAGUUGAUUCUUGGAAUAAGGAAAGAAUUAAAGUAAAGACUUUUAGUCAACAACAUACCCAAGUGGGGUCCGGAGAGGGUAAAGCGUAAGCAGAUGUUACUCCUAUCUUAGAGAGGUUUUUUCGAUAGACCCUUGGCUUUGCAGAACAAUAACAACAAUGAAAUAAUGCAAAAUGAAGAACAGUACAUAAUAUACUGGAGAAAGAAUAGGAACAACAACAAAAUAAGGCUAUUAUCGAACUUUCAGAUUUUGCUGGCUCUAAGAUUUGCUUCGGCAGUGUACUGGAGAUAUCCGUUCUAGCUCAAGUGCUUCAGAUUCAGCAGUCUAUUCUCUUCUGAAAGAACCUUUGGUUUUUGAGAUGUCGUGAGUAGUUUUAGUGUAGACAUUUGCUGAUCAGUGUCUUCCUUUGGCACAGCCCACAGUGAGUGAGUUACUUAUUGUCAGAUGCAAGCGUCUCAGGGACCUCAAAGGUCGUGUAGUGUACAUAAAUUGUACAAUCAGCCAAUGCAGCAAGUUCAGCAAUACUACACCCCUUGCCGUGCUUCUGACAACAGCAAUUAUGAUGAUGGUAGCAACUCCCAGGCACAGGUUUCUUUAAUUACAGAGAAUGAGAAGUUCUUCACUGUGGACACAUUUCCGGUUACUGACUGUGCCAUCUACGAUGGAGAUCCUUCCGUAAGCGUCUCUUCCAACAGGAGUCCUUUCUCUCCUCAAUGUUCUCAGUCGAACAUGUUUGAGCAACGUCGUUCUUACAAGAACACUUCUGGUUCACCUGUAAGUUUGUGUUCAGGAGUUGAUGACAGCAACGGGAAGAAGCAUGAGCUGCGGGAACUGAAUAAUAAGUUGCUAAGGCCUGAAUCCGAUAUUGAUGACAGCUGCAGUUGCUCAGUAAAUGGUGUAGUCUCAAAACAUUUUUCCUUGACAAGGCGGAAUCAAGUAUUGGACGUAGCCUCAAGAUUGGACUUGAAAGAGUUGCUCGUUGCCUGUGCUGAAGCAGUAGAUGAAGCUGAUACCUCGACUGCAGAAGUUCUGAUGGAUGCUUUGGAGAAAAGGGUAUCGGUUUAUGGGGAACCUAUGCAACGACUGAGUGCAUACAUGUUGGAAGGUCUAAGAGCACGAUUAUUGUCCUCCGGGAGUAACAUAUACAAAAAACUGAAGUGCAACGAACCAACUAGCUCAGAAUUGUUGUCCUACAUGCAAGUCCUCUAUCACAUCACCCCUUACUUCAAGUUCGCUUAUAUGUCCGCCAAUGUUGUCAUAAGCGAAGCCAUGAAGAACGAGAAUAGAAUCCAUAUCAUUGAUUUUCAAAUUGCACAGGGAAGUCAAUGGAUGUUCCUCAUCCACUAUCUGGCUUGUCGGCCUGGUGGUCCGCCAUUUCUUUGCAUCACAGGCGUUGAUGAUUCCCAAUCAGCUCAUGCACGCGGUGGUGGACUUCAGCUAGUUGGCGAAAGGUUAGCGAGCAUUGCCAAGUCCUGCGGAGUGCCUUUCGAAUUCCAUAAUGCUGCAUUAUCAGGCUGUAUGGUCAAACUAGAGAACCUAAGAGUUAGACAUGGAGAAAGCCUGGCAGUUAACUUCCCUUACAUGUUGCACCACAUGCCAGACGAGAGCGUAAGCACUAUGAACCAUCGGGACCGCCUAUUAAGACUAGUCAAGAGCUUGUCUCCCAAAAUCGUGGCCUUAGUUGAACAAGAAAUGAACACCAAUACCGCCCCUUUCCUUCCAAGGUUCCGUGAAACUCUGGAUUACCACAAAGCAAUGUUUGAAUCAGUCGAUGUAGCACGCCCGAGGAAUGACAUGCAGCGGAUCAGAUCAGAGGAGCAUUGUAUUGCACGGGAUGUUGUCAAUCUCAUAGCAUGUGAAGGGGCUGAUAGAGUGGAAAGGCAUGAAGUUUUUGGCAAGUGGAGGUCAAGACUUUUGAUGGCUGGAUUUACUCCAUGCCCGCUGAGUCCAUCGGUUGCUGAGACCAUCAAGGUCAUGUUGAAGGAGUAUAGCUCAAAUUAUAAGCUUGCUGAAAGCCAGGGGGCGCUUUAUAUUGGAUGGAACAACAGAGCUUUAGCAACUUCUUCUGCUUGGCAAUUACCUCAUUCGCUGCCUUUGGGAUCUUGAUAUUAGCAUUUGGAAGAACAGAAGAGCCGAGACCGUUUCUUUGAAACUUUUUUCUUGUUAUAGAGAGGUAAGUUUCUGAAAUCUCGAGUUUGUAGGAAAUAGCAGAGGCAGUUAAGCUCUAUAUAUAGUAGACACCAUCAACUCAGCUGGCAUCUGUUAAUCAAACAUGAAAUGAGCACAGAAGUUUGUUGUAAUGAACCAAAUUACCAGCUAACUUAACCAGAAGUUUAGUUUGUUAUGCCAACUUGUAAUGAUAAAUCUGUUUUGGGCAUAAAGUUUCUAUCUUGUGUUGUUCUUUUA